AAGUACUCCGCUGACAUGUGCAGGUCUCUUCAAACAUGGCGGACACAAUCAGGGUGUUAAAUGGCUGGUUGGGAAAACUUUAUGUUAAAUUUGAUCCUGGUAGAGGGAAACAUACGGCGCCGAUCGUUGAAGAUUUGAUUAGGAAAAGUGGUUUGUCUUCUACAUCGUGCGAUGCUGGAACUCGGGGUAUUCUUAUGGGUCCGCCAGGCGCUGGUAAAGGUACCCAGGCUCCAAAAUUGGCGGAGAAAUAUUGUGUCUGUCAUUUGUCUACGGGCGACAUGUUACGAGCUGUGGUUGCGUCUGGCUCUGAUCUUGGCAAGAAAGUGAAGGGGGUUAUAGAGAGUGGACAGCUUGUGAGUGACGAACUUGUCGUGGAAUUGAUUGAUGAUAAUUUAAGUAAACCAGAAUGUAGAAAUGGAUUUCUUUUGGAUGGUUUUCCCAGAACUGUCACCCAGGCUAAGAAACUUGAUGAGUUAUUGGAGAAACGUAAAGUCAAUCUUGAUGCAGUAGUGGAAUUUGCUAUUGAUGAUUCUUUACUUGUCAGGCGAAUAACAGGAAGAUUAUUUCAUAAGCCAAGUGGUCGAUCUUAUCAUGAAGAAUUUAACCCUCCUAAAGUGGCUAUGAAAGAUGAUAUAACUGGUGAGCCUUUGGUGAAGAGGUCAGAUGACAAUGCUGAAACAUUGAAAAAACGUUUGGAAUCUUACCACACACAAACGAGUCCGUUAAUUGAUUAUUACCGAAAACGAGGUCUCCAUCACAAGAUUGAUGCAGCAAAGUCUCCGGAUGAAGUCUACAAGAUCCUUUUGGACACCUUCAAACAAGCUAAGUCAAAAUAGAGUACCACACUGUAUGUAUCAAUGUAUCAGUGCCAAAUAUAUUUACUUGUGGUGAAGCUUUUUAAAAUACGGCUCAGUUGAGACACUUUGUUCAACUAACUUAUCAGGCUCAGGAAAUUUUAGGAUAAUGUUUUUCAUAGGAAAUAAAUUCUCAAUCAAUCAA